AUGGCUCGGACUCCCGACAUCACCCUAUACACCUGGCUGACCGCCAAUGGCAUCAAGAUCUCGAUAGCCCUCGAGGAGCUUUCCCUCCCGUACAGGGCGGUCGAAGUUGACAUCUCUACCAACGAGCAAAAAGAACCAUGGUUCCUCAAGAUCAAUCCGAACGGUCGCAUUCCUGCUAUCACCGACGGCGGACAGCGCGUUUUCGAGAGCGGUUCCAUCCUCCUCUACCUGGUGGACAAGUACGAUCCGGAGAGAAGCAUCAGCUACGAACCGGGAACGCCCGAGUACUAUGAGCAGCUGGGCUGGCUCAUGUUUCAGAUGGGUGGUGUUGGACCCAUGCAGGGACAAGCCAAUCAUUUCCGCAUGAUGGCUAGCACCUACUCGGAGUACGGGAUCAACCGGUACAUGAACGAGACGAAGCGCUUGUAUUCGGUUCUGAACUCGAGACUUGAAUCCACCCCUUUCCUGGCUGGGUCGAAAUACACCAUCGCAGACAUAGCCAACUACGCCUGGAUCCGAUACGGUCCGAUUGCCCUCGAGAUCGACCUGGACGAAUUUCCGGCCCUGAAGCGGUGGCACGACGGGAUAUACAACCGAAGGGCGGUCCAUCGAGGGUUGGCGGUUCCAAGGCAGGUGUCAGAGGAGCAGACUGCGCAGAGAUAUCGUAGUAUGCGUCAAAAGAUGGAUGCCAGGAAGUUGGAAUCCUAG